AUGCCUCUCCCUCUCUCUUAUCCCGGCUUUCGAUGUAUUCUUGAAAAUUUGGAAGCAGUUAAACGAGCACAUAUCAUUGCCCGUGCACCAAGCCUUCAGAAAAUUGAUAAAUUGAUUCCCCUUUGUUUGGGAAACCUUACUAUUGACUCUGGUUGGUUUAACAAUAAGCUGACUAUCAACAAAUUAUCAAUCAAAUGCGAAAAAGAUGAAGUAAAAUUCGGAAGGAAAGGGAAAAAUUUCAGCCGGAAGAUAUCAGUGAGCCUCGAAGUCAAAAUGAAGAAAUUGAUUAACUCUUAUAUCUCUGGAAGAUCAAAAAUCCUUGUGGACAAGUUCAAACUUCAAUCCAAGUUCCAUGUUCACAGUUUACUUCCAGAUUUAUUGCCUAUAGAUCAGAAGUUUAAACUGAACUCUUUGGAUGCAUUCUCCCAUGUAGACUUUGAAGCUGCAAUUUCUUUCAUAGACACUUGUAGUCUUCCUCUGAAAACUGUGGUCACUAUCCCUCAGCUCUCAACUUUUGAUAACCAAGUUGUUAAGUUAGCGGAAACCCUUAAACUGAAUCUCGAUGAUUACGCAAGAGUCACUGUUGAAGACCUUAAGAAGCUAAACAACAACCAAACAGUGAUAUUCAAACAUUGCCGCUUCCCAAAUAUUGAUAUAGUUCCAUUGAUUGAGUAUCACGUUGAAACUAAGAAAGAUAUUGGAACAACUUUUGUGAUUUCAACAGGUGACAGAGAUUUCAUCUAUAAUAUGUUAAGUGAGUUUAAACUCGCGUUAGGUGAAUACAGAAGUGAUUUGGAUGGAGUAGAUGAGAGAUUCCUCCGGGGAUCGUCUAAGUACUUGAUCCCGAUCAACAACGAGUCUAGAAUCCAUGUGUACGCAAUCGACGAGCCAGAAGAAGGUGACCAUUGGAAAAUUGUGAUCAAACCAGUGUCUGGAUUAUGA